AUGCCCACACAACUCUCUAGGCAAGAAACACCUGCUGCCAAAGACCUGGAUCCACUGACAAAGAAAGCAUCAGCUGCUCCCACAGACAGUGCUGUCAUUGAAGAGGGAGAAGAGGAGGAGGAGGAUUCCGAAUCAGGGGAUGCACCAGGGGAGCCAAAGGACUCUCUGCUGGAUGAUGACAAUGAAGCUGAGGCACAACUCAGAUUGAGGGAAUCACUGGCAAUGGCUGAUGAAGAAAGACGCAGACUGGAAGCAGAGGCAAAAGCUGAACAAGAGAGGCUGGAAGAAGAAAGCGUAAAGGCUGAAGAAGAAAGGCUCAGAUUGGAAUUACUGGCACUGGCCAAGAUGGAGGAAGAACGACUGCAACGUGAAGCCAAUUCAAAAUUGGAACAAGAAAGGCUGGAAGAAGAACACCGAAAUGAAGCUGAACGCUUGAGACUGGAAGCUGUGGCAAAAGCUGAACAAGAACAACUCAGGCGUGAAGAGGAAGCAAAGGCGGAUGAAAAUCGACUCAGGCUCGAAGUUGAAGCAAAGGCUGAACAUGAUAGGGUGGCAAACGAAAAAAGACGGCUGGCAGAGGAAGAAAGGCUGAAAUUUGUUGAGGAGGAACGCCAAAAGGAGGCGGAAAGGAAAAGAUUGCAAGAGGAAGCCAAAUCUGAACUUCGAGAAGCUGCUGCCUUGGCUUCGAUUGCAGUUGCGAAGUCAACAGCACAGGCCAGUGUUCCGGCACCAGGCAAAAAUCCCAAGGAGGUCCAAGAACCCGAUGCUUCGGUGGUUGGUAGGGUGGUUGACAAUGGAUUGGAUGACAGUGCGAAAGUACGUUUUGCUACCGAUGUCGAUGGGCCACAAGCACAAGACGUUGCUGCUCAAGUAUCGCAGCCACUCACGGGUGUCCACGACGACGAACAGCUUUCAGAGGGCCAAUUCAGGCCGCGACAAACCAAGUCGACCACCGACCAGAAGGCAGUUGCUGGUUUAUUGGCAAUGGAGGCGACUGCCUCGUCACUAAAGCCAACUGAACGAACCCAACCUGACGCAAAGCCUUCGAGACUCAAUAGUAGUCAGUCCGACUUGAAGUCCUCUUCUGUACCAAUGAAAGGAACAUUUGGAGCCCACGCUCUUCGACCCACAACCACCUUGACCACAAGAUCGUCUUACCGAAGCGCUGCGGAAGAAUCGGGUGAUCCUCCCAAAAAUGAAUUCCAACAAAUAAAACUGAAAAGGAAAUCAACGAAAACAACGGAAAUAUAUAUCAAGGAGACCCAGUUGGAAUUUGCAGAGUUGGUUGCGGGCGCCUUGAACAGAAGAAGAUCGAACAACGAUAGCAGCCUUGAAGCGCUUCGCCACAUGGACGAUUUGAAGCAGGAAGUGGCCGUGUUGCAAGAAGAAGAGGAUUCAACUCUUUGGGCAAUCAACAGGCUACGGCGAGAGCUCCUCGACAUGUUCAACCAGGGGAGCCCCAUGCAGGAAGAAUACUUGCUCAAGUGGAUCAUGCCUCUGCACCGAGAACGAGAUCCAAAGACUGGUCGUUUGAUCAUGAACGCAGAUCAAGUGGCGCUCUUGCAGUCUUUUACGACUUCGGAAGAACUCAGCAUGGUUGCGGGGCUUGGUAUGGUUCGAAGUGUGCUUCAAUCAAAUUUCAAAGCCAUGAACGGUAGCCAGUGUCUCCAGGAUAUCCAUGACUAUGCUACAUUUCGGCUGGGGAAGAAAUCCAAGCGAGCCCCGCAGAAUCCAUGGGACUUGCUGGCUGAUUUGUUCGAGACCGCUCAAAAGGAUGAUUCCACAGAAGAUAUUCAUCAACGAGUUUGCAAUGCCUUGGUGCAGUGGGUAGUACGAGAAAUCUUGGGCUCUACUACUGAUGAAGUAACUAGCCGGAGCUGCUUCCACGCCAUCUUUUUGAUUGCGUCUCUCAAACUAGAGCUGCAGCGCCUUGCUCCCAAAGCGCUUGAACCGCCAAAGUCUGCUGGCAACGAGAUCGAUGCCGACGACGACCGAUCCAUCAUUGAAAUUGAACCCCCAACGCCAACACCAAAACGAGCAGCAACACCAAAGCGACUCGUAUCGCCCCGUAACCCAUACGUGGAAAAGCUCUUGCAAUCGGAUGCCUUCAACGAAAACAGUGGCCCUAGUGCAGCAUUUCGGUCGAAUGAAGUCAUUUCAGAAGGUUCCACGGAUCACGCGAGCCAAUCUGCAGCAGUCGAUUCGAGUGUCGAUGAGAAGGAAAAGGCGAUGAAAGAGGCCAUGCUGGUUCGUGAUGCCAGUGUGAAAGAGAUGAAGUUGAAAGAAAAAGAAAAGGAAGAACGCAUCCCGGAGAGCGAACUCCCCAAGCCUGUUCAAGAUUCGCAUCGAGUGAUUCGUACGAUUUUGGGCCCGAACCACCCGCACAUCAACGUGGGCGACUGUUUCGAAGCGAUUCGCAUGUAUGCCGCAUUGAUUUUGAAAUGGAAGGAGAUUCAAGAUCGUCGAGAACAACUGUUGGCGGCCGGUGCCGCGGGUGCCGCUGCAGGUUCAGCUGAACACGGCGACAUGUUGAUGAUAGAAUCCAAACCAACGUUUGAAGAAGAAAAGCUCAAGGCGCUGGAGGAGAGGAUAAUCUCCCCGACAAUGCAACCUCCUGUUCCACAAAUUGAGAUUGGCAAUGUCUCUCCAGCUGUCGUUGUGGAGGAAGGUGACAUGAAGCAAGCAGCUGCUGCCAGAAUGGAGAAGAAAAGGCGCAAAAAGAAGAAGAAGAAGAGAAAGGAGAGCGAUCUGGUUCUUUCGCCUCUGACGCCCGACGCAGACGACAAACUGAAAGAUGGCGCGGCGGAGGGAGACGUGGGGGCAUCGGCUGCCGCCAAGAAGCUCGAUUUGGAUUCACUGAUGGUGGAUACGGCACAGGACGUCAUGGCAGAAGUAGCAGCCAACACUCCAACUACUAGUACUCCCAAGAGAGACGCGGCCGUAGCAAAAGCACCCGCCCCCCCUCGAACCACAGCUGUGGAAGAACCACCACCGGGCAGUCCACCUGGCAGUCCCCCGAUGACACCGUCACGUGCGGAAUUGCAGAACCGAGUCCAAACACAAACGCAAAAAGCGAUCGAGGCCAGUGAGAUGCAACCGAAGAUGCGCAGUACGUUUAUGGAUCGUUUGCGACGAGUCAAGCUUACCCCAACGAGUGGUGGUAGCCGCAAGGAUAAGGAUAAGAAGAAGAAGAAGAAGUAUCGCCACUCUACAGGCACCAUGCAGACCAAUGACAGGAGUGGCGACAACAACAAUGACGACGACAGUUUCGCCGGUGGUCCACCGCGCAUACGUCGAAAGUCUUUGUUAAGCAAAGUGUUUGGAUCCAAGUAA